AUGGACGGUGAGUUGCCUGAUUGUCUUUUAUCGAUCAUCUUUUCCAAGUUAAAUUUAAAGGAUCAGUUCAAAACUUGCGCAUUGUCCAAACACUGGCUUCAGGAAUGGAUGUUAUCAUCAACAAACCACAAUUUUGAUCUCUAUAACACAUUUCACUAUAAUACACUACCAAAUGACAUUCUACUGAUUCAAAUCCUCCGAUCUCAAUUUACCGCAAGAUUGGAUAAAUUCGUGUUAAACUAUCAACACGCCACUGUCAGUUCAAUACGAGUCAAAUUUCCAUUAAAUGAUGAACACAGUGAUGUCAUUGCUAGAUUGAUUUCUCAUGGGAUUGCUAAGGGUGUCAAACAUAUUGAACUAUUAUUCUUGCCGGACAACAGGGAUUUUGAUUUUGAUUUUGAUUUUAUUUGUGAAAUAAAACCUUGUAGAUUUUCAUUUUCUCUCUUAUCUAAUUCUGAUUCUCUAACCUAUCUACAUCUAGAGAAUUGUCACCUAGUAGCACCUAUGGAAUUCUCUGGAUUGAAGAAUCUAAGAACUCUUGUCUUGCAUCGAACUAUUGUGGAGCAGGAACUGCUAGAGGACCUGUUUUCCAAUUGCACUUAUCUAGUAGACUUGACUCUCGAUAAGUGUGACUUACUUGUAAGCAGAAUAAUUAGUCCAACAUUGUUUCAUUUGAAAAUUGUUACCCUCUCUAUGCAUGGGAAGAUGAUUGAUAUCGUUGCACCAAAUCUCUCAUCUCUUGAAUACUUUUGUCAUGAUAUCCACUCAAUAGACAUUGAGUCUCGUAUGUUAUCGCGCUCUCUCUACAUCAGUAGCCUGUUGGGAUUUGUUGAUAUGUCUAGCUUUAGAAACGUGACAAAUGUUGUGAUGGAUGGAUUUCAAUUUCUCCAAACGUGGUUCUGGCCAUAUUUGUUUGGACAAUGUCUUCAACUUGAGUCCCUUGCCCUUAUAAACUGCCCAAUGGUAAAUGAAGUGGAAAUUAACAGUACAUCAUUGCGUCAUUUGAAAAUAAUUGACUGCUGCUCUGGGAGAUCGGCUCCUUCUAAGAUAUCUCUUGAUUCAAAGAAUCUUUCAUCCUUUGAAUAUUCCGGUCACACCACAAGAAAAUUUUCUGUUACUGCACCAAAGUUAUCCAAGGUCUUUUGGAAUGCAGCUGCAGGAGAGAAAAGUCGUUUCGACUUUCCAACUUCAAAAUUAAAAGAGAAAAAUCUAAAUUCCUUGUGUCCAAUUCCAAAGUUAAAUCAGAUUGAGAAUCUAGCUAUGAUCAUGGGUCAUUCGCAGAUAUUGAAGUUAAAGGUCUUGGAUAGAUUCCAAAAUCUAAGACAAUUGGAGUUAUUUAUCGAAGAAACGUAUUAUCCUUUAAAGGAAAACUUUUCCAUUUUAGACGUUUUAACUGCUUCUCAACAUCUUCAAAAGUUUUCUUUGACGGUUAGAGUUUCAAGUUGGAUUGGAUUUCAAAUUCAAAGAGAAAAUGCAAAGUUUUUUCACAAUGAAUUGAAAUAUGUUGAGCUGCACGGUUGUGUAUGCACCACACAUGCAAUUGAGUUGGCUAGAAACCUAAUGAAAAAUGUGAAUUCACUGAGGAAAAUUACUUUCAGCUCUCUUGACAAAUUUUAUAUAGGUGCUGGUAGAUGGAAUAAAGGCUCUGAUAGUUAUUGGUUUGAUCGUAAUUUUAUUUAUGAGAGCCUUAAAAAGGAAGUAAAAGAACAAUGUGAGCUUAUCAUUUUGUAG